CAGCGGAGGGAGAGGGAGCGGCGGAGGGAGAGGAGUCCCCACCGUCCCGGCCACACAGUCCCGGCACACGUUUUCAGGAUUUGUUUUUGUAUCGCCAAUGUGAAUGAGAUGCAUCCAUGAAGACAGAAGGAAUUAAUUUGUUUUCUGACAAUAAGGGGAUGGAUGGCCAUCGGAUCUGAAGGCAGCCAUGCUGUUCAAUGACGGUCUUUGAUUGCACUAAAGGACUCAGCAUUGCCCACCAUAUUGGCAGCUUUAACACAAGUGCUCUGGACUUUCAUCGUUCAGCCGUGACCUUCCUGCUGCUAUGGAAUCUAGUCGGACAAGCAGAGAGCGAGAGAAGGAGAAAGCUGAGGAACCCCGACGGUCUAGCAAACAGUCUGGACGGAGUCCGUAUGGCACUCGCCCUGGCUCAAACCAGUCGUCAGGGGUUCUUAUGGUUGGACCGAAUUUUAGGGUUGGCAAGAAGAUUGGAUGUGGCAAUUUUGGAGAACUUCGAUUAGGUAAAAAUCUCUAUACGAAUGAGUAUGUAGCAAUCAAACUGGAACCUAUCAAGUCACGAGCGCCACAGCUUCAUUUAGAAUACAGGUUUUACAAACAACUCGGGAGCACAGCUGAAGGAAUUCCUCAGGUUUAUUACUUUGGACCAUGUAGUAAAUAUAAUGCCAUGGUACUGGAGCUGCUUGGACCAAGUCUGGAGGACCUCUUUGACAUAUGUGACCGAGCGUUCACACUGAAAACUGUGCUAAUGAUUGCCAUUCAGCUGCUUAACCGAAUGGAGUAUGUCCACUCAAAGAGCUUAAUCUACAGAGACGUCAAGCCGGAAAACUUUCUAAUUGGAAGGCAAGGCAAUAAAAAGGAUCACAUAAUCCAUAUAAUAGACUUUGGUUUAGCCAAGGAGUAUAUUGAUCCUGAUACCAAAAAGCACAUCCCCUACAGGGAGCACAAGAGCUUAACUGGCACGGCAAGAUAUAUGUCUAUCAACACUCACCUGGGAAAAGAGCAAAGCCGCAGGGAUGACUUGGAGGCUUUAGGACACAUGUUUAUGUAUUUUCUACGAGGCAGCCUCCCCUGGCAGGGAUUAAAGGCAGACACGCUGAAAGAACGCUAUCAGAAAAUUGGGGACACAAAGCGCAACACUCCUAUUGAAGUUCUCUGUGAGAACUUCCCAGAGGAGAUGGCAACAUACCUCCGCUAUGUGAGGAGAUUAGACUUCUUCGAGAAACCAGACUACCAGUAUUUACGUACACUAUUCACGGAUCUUUUUGAAAGCAAGGGCUAUGCAUUUGAUUAUGCAUAUGACUGGGUAGGCAGGCAAAUACCCACACCGGUCGGAUCCAGUCACGCAGAGCAUGGAGUAAGCAGAGAAAGCCACGUACACCGGGAGAAAGCUACACAGCAGCAGCCACUUCGAAACCAGACAGGAGCAGCUGAUCGCAGAGGAGCAUGGGAAAUUCAGCCCAAUCGGCAGCAAAAUCCUUCAUACCUGACCUCACAACUGGCGUCUGACAGACACGGGGGCUCUGUCCAGGUGGUUAGCUCAACCAAUGGCGAGCUUAACAUCGACGAUCCAACGGUGGCACACUCCAGUGCACCAAUUGCAACUCAACCAGAGGUGGAACCUUCAGAAGAUACCAAGUGCUGCUGUUUUUUCAAGAGGAAAAGGAAGAAGAGUACAAAUAGACAUAAAUGACUGCAGCUCUCCAGGGACUGCGAGGCUCUGCUUGCAUGUUCAGCUCCCUUCAUUUCAGACGAAAAUGCCACCUGACUGGUUGAGAAGCUUCAGACUGAUGACCUUUGUUUUGUUUUGUUUUUGUCUGUGCCUACAUGUCCUCCGACUGGGAAAGGAAUCCGUCUCUUUCAACACUCAGGCUCAAUUGCACUUCUUCACAUGAUCGACUUCCCCCCACCACCCCCCCACCCCCCCCCCCCCCCCACCCCAUGUGGGAGAUAGCCCAGGCACCCAAUCCCGGGCUUUUUCUUUUCCUGUUUUCCUGACGGCGGAGAGGUGGGGGAAGGGGAGAACCCCAGCAGGUUUGUCCCGCCACGAACCAAGAGGCAAGAGACUUGCGGGCACAAACAGACUCUGUGCAGAGACUCCCACCUGGAGCAAGAGAAGAUAGCCAAAGUGACAAUGGCAGCACAGUUGGAAAUAGGUGCAUUUGUUGCAAAAAAAAAUGGUUGUUCUAUUUUGUGAUGUAGCAUACAAGCUGUGAGAAACUUACAAUCUAUGUUUUUUUUCUUUUUGCCAAGCCUUCAUCUCAUGCCCUUCCCUCCCCAUCCACCCAACUAUUAAGCCUUUUCUUGACCUUGUUUGGAUCUUUCCAGGUGCCGCCAGAUGUGUUUUGUGCAUGCCGUCUGAAAUCAUUUUUAAGAGGAAGAGGUAGGCUCUUUUGCUUUAAGGUGCACUUAACGUAGGAGCGGGUGUGUGUGCGUGUCGUUGCGUGUGUGCGCGUGUUUUGUCACUGGUAUCUGAUAUCGAUCAAAGAUCAAACCCAUCGCGGACGAUGAACACACAUUAUCUGCCGCAGUAAUUUACAAGCCAGUACUGCCACUUUUAAAUGUGUUUUUAGUUGAAAUUUUGACGUUUAUAUCCAAAGAGCUGUGUUUCUGUGGAAACAAUACAAAGUGGAACAGCAUUAAUUCCCCUGAGAUUUUUAUUUAUUUUUAAGUGGGACGUCUACAAAUGUCACGAGCCUUCAAUGAGCAUCUGAUUUUAAGGACUGCUGCAAAUCGGUUGCCAAAGUGAAUGAACAGCUCAUUACUUAUGUUUUAGGUAGUUUCACUGGAUUUAAAAGACAAGUAGGUAUUAGCACUGCAGAGAAGGUGUUUUCUCAAGGAACGCACCCUUCUCACCUCAGCCAGGUAGACUUUAAGCUUUUCCAUGUCCAUCUCCCUCCUUGUGGUAAACGUACAAUUGGUCUUAAUCUUUCUAGGGUCCUGUAGAGUAGCUUUCUUUUGAUAACAUGCAGGUACCAUCCUGAAACAAAUGAACUUAUUGGGAUAGUGGGAGCAGACUUUUCCAGUGAUCUGACAGGAGGUGUGUGUGUGGGUGGGGUGGGAGGGGGCAGGGGGGGUUGUUAAACAGAGGAUUUACCCUCUGGUCUAUUCUGAAAUUUAGAUUCUUAAGCAUAACUCCGUACCUGCUGGCCAGUGACUGCGGGGGAUUUUUUUGCUUAAGGCAGCUGUAUCCUCAGGAAGCCGCAAAGUGCCUGUGGCUUUACUCACCACCCUCGUACUGCCGUGCCACAAGGUUGGCCCAGCGUCGAGUUCUAAAGGCGUGCGUAUGGAAACUGACCAAUUGCCAGAAACGGUCCUCUUGGUUUACAAGGGGUUUAAAAACAAAAUAAUAAAAGUUCAGUUGAUGCUUAACACUGAUGCAAAUUGAGCAUUGUGAUAUUGCCAUAACGUGGAGCCAUUCGGUGGGCCUUGGCACAGUUUCCAAGAUUAACCAUGCCACAACAAGGGACUUGAGCUGUGUACAAUUCCAUAGUUUCCAUAGUGAUGUGAAUUCAACCAAAGUACUUCCAAAAUGCAGUGAGCGUAUCAAAAUAAAGUUUGGAUAGUCCUGGCCAUUAGUAUGUGAUUCAUUGGAGUGUAACAUGUUGUAAUUAUUAGCUGUAACAUCCUUAAGCUCUUGUUUCUCCCUCUGCGGUUGAAAUGAUGCAAUAUUGCUUUGAGGGUCAGCACACUUCAGAGAUCCAAAUGAGCAUGCUGAGGUAUGAAAUGACCCUAAAGAAAGACCUGUAGGUGGGACAUCUAUAGUUGCAAUUCUGCAUACAUGACUUGUGAGGGUAAAUAUCUGUGUUGACCGGGGACAGAAGCAGGCUUUGCACCAGGAAUCAGAAUUCUUGAAUUACACAAAAAAGUCCUCUCUUAAAAAGAAAUGUCUGGGUGCAUGUUCUAAGUCUGCCUAACACUUUAACCCGCAAUCUCCUAUUGUAUGUAGGACACAACAAUAAGCCAAACAUUCCACAGCAUUGGGAAGAAAAGGCUGGCAUUGGUCAUCUUAUGUUGCCAUACGCAUCCUUGAAUUUGUCCUGGAGUUUAGAUUUAGUAGACAGAAGCACAGGACUGUGCUCAGGGUCAGGCGCGAAGCAAUCUAAAGUAACAUUCUCAAGAGAUGUAUAACUAUUCGAAUGUCCUUUAGUGGACCCAUCAUGCAAAAAUGUUAACACUUAUCUGUUGAAUAUUCUGCUCUCUUUAACACUGAACAGGCUGCUGGCUUUAAUGACCAGACUGUGCAGCAACUCUGGUUUAAUUGAUUCUUGGAAAGUAAUUAUUUUUAAUUGACCGUUAUUGUGUGGGUGGUGGGGUAAGGAAAUACAGCUUUUUAGAGACCAGGGUCACAAUGUUCUGAACUAAACUGUUUACAAAAGCGGUCAGUUUUUUUCUAGCCGGUAACACAUACACUUAGUGACUUUUCCAUUUGUGAAAUCUCCACAAGUUGGAGAGUCAAUUAACAACAACUGGCUCCAGUCAAUAGUUUGCACUGCAUAAUACUCCCAAGCUGUUCUGAUAUAGACAGUUCCGAUUUAGCUUAUCCAACUUUUUAUCUAGGGAUGCUACCGGGCUGUCAAGUUAGCUUGUUAAUGCAGUUGUAUCCAUACCAUUCUGUUUACCUAAUGGGAACAAACUACUCGUUAAUUCAGAAUUGCAUAACUUGAAUUUUGUUAGAGCAAAUUUUAUUUGAAUAAAAUUGUCUUCUGUGUAGUUUUAUUUAUAUUGCUUAAUUCAAACCAUUGUUAGUACAACUUUCUUUUCAACCAAAAUGCAACUUUAAAGUAGGAUGAGUAGACCAUACUUUAGUUUGAAUGCUCUGGGCACCUUGCACCUGCAUCAUUUCUACUUCAUCAUUUUUGUGCUGUAUAACAGAGAAAUGGGGCGAAAAGCUAAGUUGGGAAACAAUGUUAAAUACAAUCCUCAAUGACAGGAAAGAAAAGUACUUGACAUUGAACUUGUACAGGUGAUGUAAAUUUAUGCAUUCAGUCACAGAGCUGUGGAGAGAGGUCACAUUCUGGGGUCUCAGAAACAAUCCUAAGAGCUUGAUUCUCCACAGUCCCUGAUAUCUCUGUGGAGUGUGACGCCCUAAAUUGGCAGAGGGAUUUUCUUUAUGUUUUGUUAGGGGUGAGCUGUGGAUUGGCCCUGCUGGAAGUUCUCUACCACCACUUGUUACUAUAGUCAGAUUACAAGGCACCAUAAUGACCUCCCCUGCAAUACAGAGAGAUGAACGAUCUAUGCUAUCCAGGAGGCAGCACUGUAAGAAUCAAAAAGAACAAUAGCGCAAUGUCAUUACCAGCAACCCAAUUUUCACACCCUUUAACUAGGAUACCUUUCCUUUGAUCUUACUCAUCCAAAUUUUAUUUAAGAAGAUUUGUUGAAAAUAUUUAUCGGCUUUAUAUUUUACCUUUGCAUCUCAAAAAAAAAGAUGUUUCCCUUUUAAAGUGUUUGCACUUUCCCAGGAGCUUCUGUAUUGGAUUUACAUGGUACAAUGGAGGUGAACGGUGGCUAAGAUUCAAAAAUAGACAUGCUCUAUUUGACUUCCAGGGGUCAUAAUGUUUCCUGAUGAUUUCCACAUGGCUAAAAGUAAAUAGUGUUAAAAUUGAUGCCUGCUGAAACAGCUUGUAAACUAUCUUUUGAAAAUAUAAAUUACUAAAUUCUUUCAAAACGGUGACAUUCUGGAAAUGGAAAAUGUCAUGAAAUGUACAGCCCAGGAGAAAGCACUGGCAUUUAUCUCUUAAAGGGACAGAGCAAAACAGUUCCACUGAGUAGCAUUGGUGUCUACCUUGAUUAUUCUCUUUGGCUGUUAAGUGAUUUUUUUUUGUCUGUGUGCGCAUGCUAAUGGCUAUGGGUUUCACCAUGGCAAAGGCAUAGGGCUACCAGGUUUGAGUUUUAGUUUAGCAGCUCAGUGGUUCAAUAAAGAUCCACCAGAUGUUCUUGAAAUGUGGUUACUUGGGACUGUCCUUCCAUCAGUGCUGUGAGAACUCGUACUAGAGCAUAAUUGUACAAUAAGUGUUUAUCAAUGGUGCAGCCUUUAAUAUCAGGAAGAAGUUACUUCCAAACUUGCCCUGAGCCUCCUACAAGUUACAGCUGUUGGGUGCAAUAAUAUUUAGACUUCAUUACAAAUCUGUGUACCUCAGUUUCAGCUUUUAUCUUCCCUCCAACACUCCUCCCUCCCUCUCAAUGGUUGCUUAGUCAGGACUAGGUUCCAUUAAGUAUAGUCCUUUUUUGUUUCGAAAGCGACCAAAGCCAGUGAGUACGACCUGGUUGCUUGGAUGGGAAAGCAAUUAUUCGACAAACGUGAUGGACCAGGAUUAACUCUUGAUGGGAUUCCCUUUAUCUUUGGUUGUAUUCUGGAUAGUGUGAGUAAAAGCUGUGUUUUUACUCUUUGGUGUUGUAAUAAUACAUCUCAGGAUCGCUACCUGAGUACGAAUUUCUAAAUAAAAUUCAUAGAGUUCAAGACUAAUCAUCACACAAAAAAAAUUAAGUAUUUAUUUUUGGUUUGCAUUCUUUUGUAAGUGUUGCCCCCUCUGCUGUUUGUUCUGUAUGUGCACAAUGAGGUAUCAAGAGUUUGCCUACAGUUUUGGGUUUGUGAAGUAUAUGAAAUGCAACCAUAGAAAUCUGUUUUUUAAAUGAAUGGCUGACUGUAUUUUUUCUCUUUCUCACUCCACUAUCCCCUUCUCUAUCUUUAAUUUUUUUUUCAAGAUUUGGACUGACCUCAUAAACCUGCUGUGAAACUCAAACUUGUAAAGGUUUCACUUUCUAAAUCGUGUCCACACACAAGCUCCAAGUAAUAGCCUUCGAUCUCUCAGCCUCUGGCAAAUUCUAUCAUUCUUGCAUUUCCUUUUGAAGGAUCUCACAACAGCAAGUUGAUGCUUUGGUGAUUUUUUUUCCCCUGAAUUCUGCAUAACUUGCUCUCUUUUCAUUCACUGUUGAGACAUCUGUAUCUGAAACACAGAUAAUGUUGCUUCAAGAUGCAUUGAACUGAGUUCUACAGUUUAUCUCUGAGCUGAAAGAAAAAGUCCAAGUACUUAAAGAUUUCUUUUGCUUUGUUUAUUGGUCAAAAUGUUGCCUCUUGCCAGGGAUUUUAUUCAUGGUUUUACCUGGAUUCUGCCAAUCUAAACCAGUUGGUGCAUGCAUAAACAGCUCUUCCUCCCCUUAUAGCCAAACAGAUUAACAGUACACCCGCCCCAGUACAGUUCUCAAUGCAUUCAAUUCCUCUCUUUCUGAGGAUCAGUUUUUGAUUUAGUGAGUCAUCAGGAUAAAAACUGUACAGCUGAUGGUUAUAGUGAAUAUGCAAAAAUGUGCUCCCUUAUUAAACUGCUUCAACACUCAAACACAUUUGAAUUUAGUGUUCUAUUAAGUACAUUGCCAUCCUACACUGUAAAGAAAACAAUGUUAAAGGAUUUAACUGCUCUCUGCACAGUUUUUACACCUGGUGUCAGUCCCGAGUCUCCUUUCUUGGACAAAACAAGGACCAGCUGAAUAAAGUUGCCCCCUAACUUUGCAUGCGUGCCCUCACUUCAAUAUGGGGAAACCUCAUAGCUGCUGGGCUAGUGUUGAUUUCCUACACUAGCCAUUCCCCCAGAGACUCUUCUAAAUAAGAUUAUUAGUUGGUGCUCACACAAGUUUUGCGCAUUCUGCUUCAAGGAGAUGCCAAUGAGUGACUGAAAUGCCCAUUAAACUCAAACUCUUUCGAGCAUUGGUUUGGGCUGAUUUCAAGCCACACUCCAUAACAUAAAAGAGCAGUAAGAUUGAUCUGUGCGACAGUAAGCUGGUUCAGUGCAUCCCAAACCUUCCUUACCUCAUCUUGGGUAAAUCAGCCAGAGUGCCCUGAGAAGUAGUUUUGCCCCAGACUAUGAGGAUGUGACUGCAAGUAGAUUCAGCAAAAUCCCCAAAAUCAUACCCCACUCCACAUCCUUUGUACAGAUCUUGCAGUUCAAAGCUGAACUUAAUUUUCACCAAAUGGUUGACACAAAAAUGGUCUCCUUUUGAAAGUAUAGUGUCAAAUCAUAAAUGCUGUCACAACAUUAAAGUACAAUAAAACUACUAAUAAAUGAUAAUCAGGUGUACUUAAGCCUGGCAUUAGUUGGUGCAGUAUUUGCAGUGUACCCUCUGCCAUUAACUUUGACCCAAUACAGCAGAUCCAAUGCUUAAACUAAAAUUUGAUCUUUAUGAUAGCAAGUUAUUGCAUUUAGGAGCUGUGUGUUGCUACCUGGGGCAAAUAAAAACAAUCCAGUUCAGGCACCAUUAUUCCAGAAAUUUGGAGAACCGUACAACUAAGCUGCUGGCCCUCCUCCAGCCCAUUGCAGCUGCUGCCUUGGCUGCUGAGCCUGUUGUUCAAAUGAAUGAUGAGACAUUUAUUGGAGCAGAGCAGACGUUGACGGCCAAUAAGUCGGUGGUGAGGAGUAGGACUUGGUCUAAUUUUAAACAGUAUAUUUUACACCCCAAAAAGAUGUCACUUACUCAGAGAACAAUAUCUUCGUGAAGGCUGCAGGAAACAAAUUACAUCUCCUGAUAAAAACAAGGCAGUAUUUCUCAAUGCAGAGAUUGAAUAAUAGUUGAGUUCAAAUUAUGUACAUAGUCUCAGCAGAGUGAGCAUCAUGUCUGACUGACAGGGAAAUUAGCCAAUCACCUGCACUCUGCCUUGCUGCAGCAUUGUCACUAUAUGCAGCCUUAUUUUGGAGAGGCUUUUACUGAGCUUCAGAGUUUGCAAUCUGUUACUGCAUAGCUGAUCCCACCUUUCCUCAGGAUUCAGUACCUUUCUUGGAGCUAAUUAAUAGAAUAAGGUUUGAAAUUUCAGAUCAAGACACUUUUUUAAAAAAAGGUAGUUAACUUCCUAAAUAGCAGGUCAGGUUCCUAAGAGCAGGGCUGAUUGACCUGAGGCUCCACUCGCCACCAGUGCUUGGUGCUGAGCAAAAUCCACACAUCUGGGCUUAUUUAAGAGAAUGCAGUAUACUUUUGGUGCCUGCCGGCUAUUCCUAUCUGAGCGAUGGCCAAUUAUUGUUCAACACUUGCUCCUGCUGCUAGAGAAGUGGUGAAUAAACUUGGGACCAGAUGUUGCAAUCAAUGACCAUGAAUGUGUAAAUGUUUUACUUCUGUUUGGCUCUACAUUGAUCUAUAAGACACGUCUCAUUGGUUUGUAAGUUUUGUUUGUUAUUGCAGUGACAUUGGGAUGGGGGGGAGAGCUGAAACCGGUUUUAAACCCCUGCAGGGUAAGAGCUUAUCACCAUCAUGCUGGGAGAUUCUCUUGGCACAUGCACCCUACACAAAUGGACUAAGAAUCCAAUUUUAUAAUUUUCAAGCAUCCUCCCCUCCCAAACAGCAGGAUGUUAUUUGCAUGCCGAUAGUUGCUGAUCCCAGGUCCAGGAACGGUAGCCUGUAGUGUCAUCGUGCCAAAUACCUUCACAGGCAAGGUUUGAUAGGUCGGGAGAUGAAAAAGCAGAGGAAUCCCCUUAAGUCUUAAAGUUGAUCUUGCAAAGACAUUUUAAAGAACUUUGUGACUUCCCUUUCUACCAUCUCCCAAGAGUGAAAUUAAAGGAUAAAUCUCCACUGAAUUGCAGCAUACUUAAUUAUUAGUCAUGUGUGCACUUAAUACAUCAUCCCCAUUGGAGGAACAAACAAUCUGCUGGAGGAACUCAGAGGGUCGGGGAUCAUCUGCUGGAGGAAAGUUGUCAGUGUUUUGGGUCAAAACUCCGCGUCAGGAUACAGUCCAAUGUUGAUGCAGGGUUUCAAUCCGAAAUGUCGGCAAUUCCCUUCCUCCCACAGAUGCUGCUCGACCCGCUGAGUUCCUCCAGCAGAUCAUUUGUUGCUUCAGAUUCCAGCGUCUGCGGUCUCUUGUGACUUCAUCACCAUUUAUUGCUGUGAUUUAUGUCGUCUUAUCCUCUCCUUGGAGCAGGCAUUUUGAGGAUCCAUGUCUGAUGUCCCACUAAUACUCCAACCUGAGGAAACCCCCCCACCCCCAAACCUUAUGAUGGUCUGCCACGAGGUAUUUAAAAGGCCGCCGCAAGUUUUCUGAAGUUACAAAGCUGUAGUAAUGAGGGCAUUCAAGCUAACCCUGUGUGGGUUUUGUACAACAAACUACAUUUUCAAAUGCAUUCAGGAUUCACUAGCAUAUUUGCAUUCUUCAGUUCCCUGGAAUUUCCAAAAUUAAGUGACAAGCAUAAUAUGCUGAAUUAAUUUCCUCAGCUAAUUGUUCGGAAGCUGACUGCUCGCUUUACUUGAAGUCCCUUUUAACCUGUUUUUUAACUGUAGGGUGAUGAAGGUGACGUCUCUGCAACCAUCCAGGAUGUCGCCACUUCCAGCACCUCGCCCAGUCUGCUUGCCUUCACCGAACUAUGAAUGUUGUGGUCAGAUAGUAUAGUGUCCACAGCGGAGGCAGUAUUGCAGGUUAGAGUUUACACACCUGAGGUUUCUUUUUGUAUUGUUAGUAAAACGAUCAUCCAAAAGAAUGUAAAACCCUCCCUAACCCAAAAGAUAGCUCGGCUGACAGGAACUGUGACAUCAAAGGAAAAUCAGAAGUAACAGCUAAAGCUUAUUCAAAUCAGCAUUUGUACCGGAAAUUCUUGAUUGUCAAGAGCCUGUUCUGUUUGAAGUGGGAGUGCUCUUACUUUGUAAUAUUUUAUUGAUGUCAGUGCUCUGUGAUGCAGAUUGAAAGCUCAAAUGUCUUUACAACUCCAAAAUGAUUCUACACAAGAGCAGGAACUGCUGGAAGCAGUCAUCAGGUCAGAGAGAUCAUUGCGGGAAGAGAGUGAUUAUAUCAGUCCAAUUGCAGCUACCUGCACUUCUGCUUCUCUCUUGAAUGAGGCUGCCUGAUGAAAGUUUCUAGCAUUUCAUGAUUUUUCUUUAAUUUCAGAAUUCCAGCAGCUGCAGUAUUUUGCUUUUGUGACAAGUCUGCUUAAUGACCUUUACCACUACUUGACAUCCUGCAUGUUUAGCAUUACCAGCUGUCCUGCCUGGGGAGUGACAGUCCGUGUUAGAAGUUUGUCUCUGGAAUGCACCUCACAGAACACCUUCUUUAAUAAACCUACUUUGCAUCCAUUUCUAGGUUUUAGCCAAGGAGGAGAACUGCAUGUGUUUCUGAUUGCAAUGUUUCUUUAUCUGAGGCUCACGUGCAGGAACUUACAUUAUUUCACCGGGCAUAGAAUAUUUUUUCCUCUGAUCUCAGUUUGUUGAUUGGCACUGUCUUCGGUACUGUGAUGUAAGGUGAGGUCUGAAACCCAGUCAGGCUCGACUUUGCCAGUUUCCUUACGUUUGUUUUCUUUGCCCCUUUCAGUUUGGACAGGACCUUCUGUAUGUUUGGAAGUAGAAACUGCAAGGUUGCACAGUCUUAUCAUUGUACUGUAGAAAUGUUCUAUUGUAAAAUUCCAAUUAAAACUGACAUUAUUUCUACAGCA